UCCCGCCGUACUGCUGCCUCACACUCGAGUCACCGUCGGUUGGUGGAGCAGUUCACAUCGCGAUCUUCUUUGAAAAGUGCUUUACAUUUCUUCGGGUAGCGGUCUAGUGUUCUACCCCCUUCUAGCGUGUUUCAAGAUGUAGCACCAUGAAGUACCAGCAGUGCGUAAUUGAUCUUGCGAUCGUGCUGGUCACGGUCCCAUCACUAGUCGUCGUAGCGCUGCUGUUGGACAACAUCAUGAACCAUACGCCCUGGAACGAGCAGUUCGACUCCCAGGUGAUCGUGCUCGGUCUGGCGGUAGCCUUCUUCGUGAUCGUGGUCCUAGUGGCCCUGUACCUGACGCACCGCGUCGGAGCCUGUAUGUGGACGGGUCCGCUACCGAGCGGGGCUCCGGGUGAAUCUUCAAUCUACACCGUCGAAUCCGGUGCAGGUCGUCCGGCGGCACCCCCACCAGACUACGCUACGAUCCUGCGCGAUCCGCCGCCGUACGACAAGAUCGAGAAGUAUCUUCUGUUGGACGAACCCCCACCCUCGUACGCCGCAUCCGUUGCAUCUCUCGAAGGUGCCCACAUCUGAACCAACCUGCUCCAACAACUCCCCAAAUUCAGUACGAUUUCGCAAGAUCUGAUUCGAAUAAAUGCGCACAAACGCCGCCGUCUUGAACUAUCUAA